ACCACACGACUUACCACAUCACAUUCACGCAGUAUCUCCCCCCCUGUCCGUACCUGGAGAUAGGUGGAGUGCGAGGUUGGGCGCCACGUGCCACGCGCCACGCGGUUAGUACUGGCUUGGAUAGUAGUGGUGCGCGAGCUACGCAGCCGCGGGUCCCGUCCGUCACAGAGGCUUCUCGCGCGCUAAACCCGAGACAAAACGGACCGACUGAACAGGGAGAAACACGAGGAGAAAGAACAGAGGAAGAGGGAGAACAGAGCUUUCCUCAACAAGUCUUUUUCGUGAAGCUCUCCUUUCUGCCAGCGGCGCCCCCCUGCUGUUGAGGCUGUGGUAUGAGCCUAUGUGGCAGGAAGGCGCUGACGUUGCUGAGCAGCGUGUUCGCUGUUUGCGCCCUGGGCCUGUUGGGGAUCGCUGUAAGCACCGACUACUGGCUCUACCUGGAGGAGGGCGUUAUCCUUCCCCUCAACCAGAGCACCGAGAUACGCAUGUCCCUCCACUCUGGCCUCUGGAGGGUUUGCUUCUUGGCUGGGGAUGAGAAAGGCCGAUGUUUUACCAUAGAGUAUGUGAUGCCCACUAACGUCCAGAUGACCUCCGAGUCCACUGUUAGUGUCCUGAAGAUGAUCCGUUCUGCCACACCCUUCCCUCUGGUCAGCCUCUUCUUCAUGUUCAUUGGUUUCGUACUCAGUAACAUCGGCCACAUCCGACCCCAUCGCACCAUCCUGGCCUUCGUUUCUGGAAUCUUCUUCAUCCUGUCAGGUCUCUCUCUAGUAGUCGGUCUGGUGUUGUACAUCUCCAACAUUAAUGAUGAAAUGUUGAACAGAACCAAAACUAAUGAGGCCUACUUCAGCUACAAGUACGGCUGGUCAUUUGCCUUUGCUGCCAUCUCCUUCCUGCUAACUGAGACGGCUGGUGUCAUGUCGGUGUACCUGUUCAUGAAACGCUACACAGCAGAGGAAAUGUACCGGCCCCAUCAGGGCUUCUACAGGCCCCGCCUCAGCAACUGCUCAGAUUACUCCGGCCAGUUCCUCCAUCCAGACGCCUGGGCCGGACGUGGUCGCAGUCCCUCCUCUAUCUCCUCUGAGGCCUCCCUCCAGAUGAAUUCCUCCAACUACCCUGCUCUCCUCAAGUGUCCAGAGUAUGAACAAAUGUCCUCCUCACCUUGCUGAGGCAGAGGAUCAUUGAGUGGUUGUGUUAGCACCAUAGGGGUAAUUUUGAUCUGCCUGGAUUUUGGCAUAAAAUUGUCCAAUAAUUUGAUAUUCUCUAGCUUGAAUCAUUCCCGUCUUCAAGUGUCCUGACUAUGACCUGAUUCUCUCUACCCUCCCAACUUUUUAUUUACACCAUUUGGUUUUGUGGGGAGCAAAACCUAAGUUGCAGGUUAGCAAGUUCACUUUAUUCUCAGCUAACCUGUCUCGUUUCAGGGAGAGCUGUUAGAAGAUGAGAGAGGAACGAGUUGGACCAGGUUGUACUUUUAUCUGCUUUCUCUCUAGUUUUUAGUGAUAGGUAACAAGAAACCUGCUGAACUGACCAAGGCUGAAGUCGUCUGAAAGGAGUAGCUUGAGUAGCUUCAAUGUCCAUUCUUUGCUUGUACUACCACAACCCUGGUAGCGGUAGCUUUUUGACAGGAUUACACACUGCACAGCAGACAUGGAGAUGGUUUGCAGGUUUUCAAAACCAAACAGCACAGCAUGUGCUUUGAGCCAGAAAGUGGAAACUAAUCAGUGAAACAUUUUCUCAAUUUGAUUAUAAGAUUAUUGCUCAAAUUGUGCAGACUUCAGACUUCAAGUUUGAUAGGUUAAAAUAAAAUUGUUAUAGCUCCUUUCUUUCUACAGAUUGAACACGUGCAACAGCUGAGUCAGUGUACACAAGCUAGUUUCACUCACAUUCUCAGUUGUCACUUCUCAGUUGCUGCACUAUGUGCAUAAAAUGGCUUUUUGUUGAGUUAUACUGUACUGUAGGUGUUCACAUCAACAGUUUCAGACAUGUUUAUGUGAAGUCGUGCUAGAACUCAACUUGAACUUUUUCAUGUUCAGUUGCAGAGAGUAUGAAACACAUGAUGAAUGAGAAUUUCAACCCCUCAAAUUGAUAAUUGUAUUGACAUACCAUUUUAUGAACAAACUGUUUGGGUUACAGACAGGGAGAGUUAGGUUUAUGACAGAUGGUCUUUGACCUCCCAUAUGAACUUCAUUUCUUACUCCUCCUCCCCAGUAUUUCUGUUUCAAGUGUGAUUUUUAAAUAAUUUGCAAAUCACACUGACUUUCAUUUAAGAAGUAAUAUUUCCACUUCAGGUCCUUUCAUUAAUUGUUAUGUAGCCACAGGUGUUUCCUAAACUUUAUAAGCUGUAACCGAAGAGUGAAAAGCUUCACUUUUUUUUUGUCAAGCCUUCCAGCUUCAUUUGCUUUCAUUGGUCCCUUUCACCAGUUUUAGUUACUGACACCAAAGGAAAGGUUUGUAUUAUAGGCUGCUAGUCCAGAUAUAGGAGAUCUUUUUUAAAGGCCCAAAUGUGAAUAUAUUAAUGGUUAUAUAAACUUUGCGUGUAUUAUUGUAUAUUCUUGUAAAAUGCUUUAUUUGCUCUCAUAAUGCAUUAUUAAUAAGAAUACAGGAUUGCUUUACAUCAGUGUUUCAAAAGAUACAGAUGUAAAUAAACCUUUUAUAUUAUCAGAGAAUCAAUGAUUUCUGUAUACAAUGUUAUUCUUAGUUAGUCAAUCAAUUAAAGACAAAAAGUGUAAGAUUUAAAAAGAAAAGCUGUACAGGGGCAACACUGUUUAAUUGUGUUCAUCCAAUUAGAGUUAUAAAACAUUUGUUAUACAUUUAAAUAAGAAGAGACAGCCAAAGGGGAGUAUGUGGUCGUAGUUUUGAUGGAGAAUGUGAAUGAGUCAGGUGGUAUGAAAGACUAUUCUGAUAUGGAGCCAUUGUGAAUGUACAAUUGCUGUAGGAAAUUCUGCUUAAUAAGAUUUUUUGCACAUAGUAAAAUACCUCUCCUUCAGACAUAUAUAAACCUAAAUUAUAGAUACAUAUUUUUCUAAUUUACACCCUCAUAAUGACCUAAUAUUCUUAGAUGUUUGACAAAUAUACUGCAAUCCUCAGUGUACCAAGGAAGAAGUUUUAUCCAGGUUAAGUGGCUUAAGGUUAAGUAUUGAAUAUAUACAUUUCAUGCAGCAUUAAGUGUGAGUAAACAUAUUAAAGAGAAACAUUUUGUCUUGUGCAAUAAUUUUGUUAGUUUGAUAUAUUAUUAAAAUUAUAAUUAUUGUCAGUAUUUAAUGUUGCAUGGUGUGAACUCCACAUAUUAUUUAAAGCAUGCAACAUUUCAUCACAGGAUUAUGGUAUUCCACCUGCAGUACAUGUAAACAAACAUAUAUAAAAUUAAUAAACACAAACUUUGCUCAAGCUAAGCAAAGUUCACUCUCUCAAGAACAGUUUUGGUAUAUAGACCAGCUACAUUUUAUUUAUUUUAAACCCUGUAAAUAUGAAUUCAUCCAUGUGUACAUAGAUCCAUUUUUGUAUAGACAGCAGUACAUGUAAAAAAUAUUGUUGUUUUGUUGUUGGGUAGAUUUAUCUGCAGUAGAUGUAACAGCUGCUUUGCCUCUGCAUCACACUGACAAUGUGAAGUUUUGCAUAAUGGUAUACUUACAUAAAGUAUUCAGAUGGUGUCAUUGUCAGACAUGAAAUGUCAAUAUCUGUGUAUUUUUACAAUCAGAGUCAUUUUCAUGAUGUUAAAUGUGCAAUGGAAUAUGUAUACUCAGUGAAAUAAAGUUUAAUGGGAUUUCAUAAACAA